AUGCCUUCUUCCGCUUACACGCGCUGGAUCAAGCUCACGGAUGAAGAACUCACAGUAAACAACGUUCGGGAUGUAUUGAAAGCCAUCCAUGAUGACCUAUGGGUUUCUGUGGCAUGCAGCGACAGACUCGUAGAUGACCUGACCCUCCAAAGAGUCAUAUUGGAGGUCGGACUUGAGCGUACACAGACAGCACUGGAACGCGUCAAGGAUAUUCUCCCUAGCGAGAGCGACACAGGCAAACAAACAUCUGCGGAGACUCUGACUGAAUACUUCAGAGAGUUGCCGGUUGAUGCUCAGCUUUGUCAUGUCCGGGCUAUUCUCUUGAAGCGGCUGGACCGGUUGAACACUUUCGUGGAACUAUGCAAGGAACAACCAAUUGUACCGGUAGAAAAGGAGGUGGAGGUGGAGGAUCCAGAGUGGGAAGAUGAUCCUUGGGCUGAAACCAACGCAGGCCCAGUAACGCCACGUACCAACGUUAUUCUUCCUCCCGUCACCCUUUCCGCCUUCCUCACAACCGACCUUCUACAAUCGGCAUUUAUUCUUGCUAUUCAUCAAUGGUUUGGUGCUCUCCGUGUGCUUCACUACCGACACAGAGCAUGUUUAUGGCCCCACCGAUUUACCAUUCUGGAACACAUUCCUGCACAUGCAAAUCCUACCGAUUAUCAUUUCCUCCUCCCAUCAUGUGAUAGCCUUACCAGCUCUGAGCAAAGAUUCGAUGCAAGUGAAUGGAGGUCCGAAAAGGAUGUUUCCGAGCUUCCUACCGUUCGCCUUGCGGUCCAAAGCUCCGAUGCUCUUUCUGGUUUCGACACCAUAAUUGACUCGACACCAGUCAUAACUGCACCGGAGGCUCCGGAAGACAUUCUAAACGCUGAGAGUGUCUCAGAAUGGUACCAGAAACGCGUCGACGACAUCAUAGAGGCUACCGGAAUGAUCGACAUCGUACUCACGCUCAUCCAGCAUGGAGCUUCACAGAAUGUACCUCAUCUGGAUGAAUUGGGUGAAGAUUUAAGCUUACUCUCGAGGCUUGUAUACGAUGUACCCCGUGGACAUAAAUCUGAAGACGAAGACUGGACUUUGACUCGAUGGCGCGCCAUGAAUCCUCCUGCUAUUAUCCGCGCGUAUUUGGCUCAUUCAACACCGUCUACUCUGCCACACGACAUUACUCAUUUCGUCAUGCCUUACCUUUUUGUCCUCGAAUCCCGCGCCGAACGCGCUGGUAAACCUGAACCUCAGCUUCCCAAACGACUCCUUUACGAAUACAUACUCCAUGCGCCACUAGAAAUGGUACUAUCCGUCUUCGAGGCUUCCAAGCCAACCCUACCAGCUGCACAAAGAAUCAUAAAGCAGGAAGACGAUAUGGUACGUUUAUCACUUGCUUGUUUGUAUGGCAGCGACAGCCUCAAUGAAUGGUCGACAAUGAGCGGCAUUUUCGAGUGCCUUCCGGUUUGGGAGAUGACUGCUGCCGACAACGAGGAGGAUGCGGCGGACAUGACAAUCUCAUCUUUAGGUGCUUUUGUCACGCCUUCGACAAGUCGACCUCGAGCAACACCAUCCGAUUUAUUGAUCUUCUUCAACCCUUUGCCGCUGUCUUCUUUAUCUAGAGCGCUUGAUAUUCUCGACGUUCACCUUGAAUCUGGAGAGAUAUUUUCUCGAUGGAGUGUGCCUGCUCCCCUGAGAUGGUUUUUACAGAGCAGCAAUAGUCUCGCAGAGCAAAGAGCAUGGGCAAACCGAAUGGCUAGAAGAGCUGGCGGUUCCGAAGACGAAUUGACAUCCCUGGAGGACUGGGAAUGGUUACUUGAGGACAUGUUGAAACUUGCAGGGGAGACCAAAAUCAAAGGUGCUUUUGGGCUUCUUCCGCGGGACGAGAUCAUUCGAAUCUACUUCGGCGGCCUUCUCAGUACUGGAAAAUUCGAGGUUGCGAAGGACUUACUUCGCAAGACAACUCAACUCAAGUUCGAAAAAGAAUCUCUAGAAGACAUUUGUCUUGCCUGCUCACAUGAAUUUUACGAUAACGCUAGUUCAGGAAAUUAUAAGUUCGGUGAAAUGAAAUUAGCUUAUGAAUGUCUUGAUGUCCCCCCUUUGUCCGACCGGUUGAUCAAGGAAAAAGAAUUUAUCGAGGCUACUUCUCGCCUAUCGUCCUUCAAUAUCGUGUCUCGCCCCGGAAUACCAAUAUCUCCAAUAGAGAUAAGGCUCACUAAGGACCGUUUGUCUUUGGUAUCACAAGUGCUUUCCAGUAAUGUGGAUGCAUACAAACAUACCGAAGUUAUCCUGGACUUGGUGUACAAACUUGGAUUCAGAGAUGAUAUAGCUGCCGAAGUAAAGGCUUUCGCUAUGCUAGCAGACACUGCAUUACAGGCUGAGGAUUUUAGUCGGGCAUAUGAGACUAGCCAACGUAUGAUUGACACUGUGCUCAACCUCCGCGCUACGCUAAUGGGCAUAGGCGACCCCAAAGUCAGGGAAGCCAGUGAGGUCUGCUGGGUAGCAUGUUUCCAGUUAGGUCGUCAACCAGAAUUUGACGACGUUGAUAAGAAGCUACUCCUUUUGGGACGAGCAAUUGAGAUAUGUCCCCCCGAUAGGUUGCACGACGUGUUGACGGCAUGGAGGCGUUUGGAGAAUGAAGAUCUCGAAGCCAGACAGGAGAGAUUGGAGACCAGCCACAACGGAGCUGUCACAACCGUCCACCCGAAAAAUACCAAGUCAUUACCAAAAACCGCUGCUUCUUCCUUACAAACACGGUUGCGCGAUUUUCACAUGCCCUCUCCUCCAUUGCUGAAUACGCCAGACGCCAGGGCGCUCGCCAGCAAAACCUUCAAUACCGUUGCUGCUAAUUUCCCGUUUUCCGUUGGUCACCGUGGUCGGUCACAAUUUUCUCAGCUUUCUCAGGGAGAUGAGCGAUCCAGAAGUGGAAGCAGGAAAGGGACCGGCACUGACGACGUGCAGACUCAAGCAUCGAGGGUAUUUUCGAAGGGGAUUGGUUGGCUCAUUGGAGCUGACGAGGACAUUUGA